UCUGAGCAUCCGGCUGUGCGUCCUAUCAAAUGUUCCGAGCGAAAGGGCAAAGGUAGCGCUUGGUAAGAAUUGGAAAGGUGCGAAAGGGACGUGGAAUUCCUUUAGGCACUUUUCAGGAGGAGGAGUGCGCAUUUAGUCAAAUAAAAACCAUAGAGAAGAGAAAGUGGGAAAGGGAAGAAAAAAUAUCUUAUCACUUUUUUCUUCCAGAGCAACCAUGGUGAACGCCACUAUAAUUAAUUAUUUGAUGCUGCUCUCCAAUUCCUUCACUGAUAUUCCCGAGUAUGGAUUAACGUCGCAUAUGGGAGUCGACUACUAUGACGCUCGUAACGAAAACGGCCUGAGUCAGUUAAUUAGAAGGGUUCCCGAAGGGUUAGACCGCCAUUACGUACUCAAUGUAAAGAUUGGCGCAAACGUGCCGCUGAACCCCAGGACGUUUGAAGAUCUUCAAAAGCUCGAAAUUUUAAACUUGGUGCUCGAGACGCCCAUUGUACCCGAAGAUAUCUUCUCCAGGCUUUACUCGUUGAAGUGUCUAACCAUUUGGGGAGAGUUUGAAACCGUCGACAAACGGGCACUUCAUGGUCUGCAGAACUUGGAGCAGCUCCAACUGUCGAGAUCCAACCACUUUCCUAGUCGAGUGUUUGAUUGUCUUAGAAGCGUGAAGCUCUUGGAUUUGAGCUGGAACACAAUCGCAAACGUCACAAGUCUUUUCCAUGCCGAUCUGCCACAGCUCAGCUUUCUAUUACUCGGUGGAAACCAAAUUAGGCAGCUCUCGGUUGACAACUUUAACAAGGUGCCCAAUUUGAAGAAGCUAAAUUUGGACAACAACCAAAUUUCGAUGAUUGAACCAGGCUCUUUGUCCAUGGCGAAGCUUGGAAAGCUUACACUGCGACAUAACGCACUACGGUCUUUGCACGAAGCGAUGCUUCCAAACUUGCCGGGCUUAAUACACGUGGAUCUGCAGAACAACCACAUCAGGGAGAUUCACCCGGAGACCUUUGCCAGAAACCCUAGGCUGGACACGUUGUUUCUAGGCCACAAUCAGCUGGAGAGCCUAAAUUGGUUAAGCUACGGUUUAGUCCACGCCUCCACGUUAUAUUUGAACAACAACCAGCUCUCAGCUCUGCAACAGGCUGACUUUGAAAACUCGCGAAGGCUUCAAGUCAUCAAUCUGAGCCACAAUAACAUUUCCACUGUGGAAUUCGGCACGUUGGACGACUUGCACAAUUUAACCCACCUGGAUCUGAGCCACAAUCGCCUGGAGCACCUCGACCGAAGCCUAUUUUCGCGCGCGAUACACCUGCAGUACCUCAACUUGAGCCACAACGAAAUCGCCGACUUCGACCCCAUACUCUUCGGCCAAAACACCAAACUGAAAAGUCUCCAUCUCUCCCACAACAAAAUACGCAAGCUCCCUCCAGGCGCCUUCGCCUCGCUGGACUCGCUUUGGUACCUCCACCUCGACCACAACCGCAUACAGUCGCUCUCCUCCUACGGAUUUCUUCGCCUGGCGAACCUAUGGGGACUGAAUUUGGCCCACAACAACAUCAGCGUCAUAAAUGGGAGGGCGUUUUACGGCUUGAAGCACUUGGGGAAGCUGUUUUUGAACAACAACAGCUUGGAGCGCGUCGGCGCGACGACGUUCGCCGGGUUGAGGUACCUGCAGCGGAUGAACCUGUACGGAAAUCGGUUCGAAUGCGUCAACGAGGGCGUCUUUCAGCACCUGCGGCGGGCGAAGAUCGUCGUUGACGAUGGGAAGGUGAAAGUAAAGUGCGCAAAAUCCCAGUCGUUCGUCUAGCUCCGGAACGAACCGCUUAAGCUUAGGCACAAACCGAUUACGUGAUUUUUUCGUGCAUAACUAGAGGCUCAUUUUAGGCUAAUUACUUGAAUUAUGUGCAAAUAAUAUGUAAGCAGUAACUGUGUUGUGGCGCCAAAUUAAUUUUAGAAUAUUAGGAUAUUAAAAAUGUGAUAAACUUGUGAAUGAUAACGAUUCGGUACGCAAUUGCUUAAUUAUUCACAAGGCGGUAAUGUGAUUAUCUGUGUUUACGCUUAAUUAAUUAGGAUGUUAAUUUAAGAUGUGAUGUGAUGCUAAGUAAAUAGCGUGUAGUGUAGGUAGAUAAAAAUGUAUGAUAAUGGUUGCAAAUCUGGAGAAACAUUCGUAAAAUUCCUAAUAAAA